AAAAAGAUAACUGGAGUCAGAAGACAAUCUUGGAUGAUGAGGUUACCACUCCAUUUAGAGUACGAGAGGAAGAGGUCGUCAUAGUGGUGCUUGUCCUUUCUGUUUGGGUUUUCGUCAUGGUGCUUUUCUUCAAGAAAUGGGGAAAGAUUCGUAUGUUGGAAUCUUAUCAGCCGCAAUACCAUGCUCAGAGUGUUAUCGCAAAACCAAGUCGUCAGCCGCUCAACGAUGUCUUGGCACCGCUAGAACGAUUCAACUUAGAAUUCGGUGCUACAUCUACGCCUUAUCACACAAACAGGAUGCGCUCUAGACAGAAUUCUGUUUUCGUGGGUAGUCCUUAUAGAAGUAGGAGCGGUUCCGUGAUGUCAGAACCCAGAACCCCACGAAAAGUGAAAAGUGCCGAGGACAUAAAGUCGCUGUCGAUUCAGAUAGAAGGCCUCCAACAAACUACUCCUCUUUAAAAAAAGGGACUCCUUUGCCUUACGUUCUAAAAUAUUUUUUUUUCUCAUCGAAAUCAAAAGUAGAAUUCUGUAUUAGGAAUAUAGAAGUUGUAGCUCCUCUAUACUUUAGGAACUUCAUAUUCCACGAAAAGUGAAACGUGGUGAUGGCAUCAAUUUAGUGACUAUUCCAGUAGGGCAUGACUGCCAACUACUACGCUUUUUGCAAAAUGUUCUAUAGAAUGAUAGAUGUUUCAAAACCAAAACUUUUGGUAAUUUUACUAACAUUUUUAAAUUCUCACCACGACAGAUCUGGAACAAAGUGCAGCGAUGCCAACUGCUCCGGACGCGCCAUAAUAAUUUAAGAAACGGUAAACAACUACAUACUAAAAUUUGCAAACAUUUGACUAAAGUGAUUUACU